GGCCUGAGGCUAAGUAUGCGCCAUCUCACCGACACUAAUGUAAAAGCUAAAGAGAAUAUUUUUUGCAAAAAGUAGGUACUCGUACGUGUGUGUAAGAAAACGAUGACACUUGACAGCUAGCUAAGUAUAUUUCCCCCGCGGAACUAGUAUGGUAAUGACCGGCUCGUUUAUCUGGUCGUAUGACCCUCGACGUCAUUCUGUCCAUCUCCACAUUUAAACGGUGUCGCCUAUACUCAUUUAUACCUUAUAACACAAAUUACGAGUUUGAAAAGAGAUAAAAAACAACAACACAAGGAAAAUGACACAUGUGUGACCGGAGUUUGUAAACUCGUAUAAAACGAACCGGCGCUCAUUCUGCUCCGGACUUUAUCAGCGGAUAACGAUUCCUCGCAGACAAUUAAUUUUGUAAAGACUACGAUAAUUUAAUAAAUUAAAAUAAAUAAGUGCGAGUACUUGAAAAAUAUUGUGUGUGUUUAUUUCGUGUGUGAAGUGAACGUGUUAUUUAAAUAUCGGUAUAAGAAAGUGAUGUAAUUAGGCAUAAUUAAAAAUGUUGAAGUUUGCGACAACCGUGACUCUGUUCCUUCAAUUACUGCUACAAGUGCAAUGCUUAUACUCCGGAGACAACUGUUCUGUUGGCAAUGAGUUCGGCGUCUGCCUACCCCUGCGGCAAUGUCGCCCCAUCUUCGAGGAAGUCAUGAGAGCAGGGAACCCCAUACCACCACACAUGAGCCACAAACUACAUAAACUGACUUGUGGUUUUGAAGCUGUUAUGCCUAUGAUAUGCUGCAUAACAUCAGCUCAAACACAAGGAGACAUCAUAACCCCAGACCGCAUUACCAAUACAGUAGGGCCUGGAGACGACACGGAAACGUUUACCAGAGGGACCCUCGACAAUAAGAAUGGGCCAAUCUUUGUGGACAGUCAUCCCAACUUGAGACUCCUGCCCCAACAGUGUGGCAACAUCGAGAGUGAUAGGAUAUGGGGCGGCAAUAGAACACGACUGUAUGAAAUGCCGUGGAUGGUGCUCCUGUCUUAUGAUUCAGCUCGAGGACUGAAAUUGAGCUGCGGUGGUACUUUGAUCAACGAAUGGUAUGUCCUGACGGCUGCCCAUUGUGUCUCCUUCCUGGGCACCCGCCUGCGGCUGAAUGGAGUCGUCCUCGGCGAAUAUGACGUCAGGCAGGAUCCUGACUGUGAGAUGUCAGACGGCAAGAAAUAUUGUGCCCCCAAUGUCAAGAACGUGUCGAUAGCAUCAGUUAUUGCUCACCCCGGAUAUACACCUCAGAGUUUGGUUGACGACAUAGCUUUAAUACGACUUGCUGAACCGGCUGAUUUCAGUCUUGAUAGUAUGAAGCCGUUGUGUCUACCAGUGACUUCUGAUCUCCAGAGGGAGUCCCUAAUAGGACAAAACGCCGUGGUGGCUGGGUGGGGAGUGACGGAAGAGGGCCUGGAGUCAUCCGUUUUGCUGAGUGUCGACCUUCCAGUCAUCAGCAAUUCUGACUGCAUGUCUGCUUACAGAGACUCACUCAAGUUAAAAGACACUCAACUAUGUGCUGGUGGAGUGAAAGACAAGGAUUCCUGCGGAGGAGAUUCAGGUGGACCCCUCAUGUUUCCAGGAAAAAUGGGGAACUUUGGAGUGCGGUAUGUUCAACGAGGGAUCGUUUCCUUCGGCUCCAAGAGAUGUGGCCUUGGAGGCUUCCCAGGCGUCUACACCAAUGUAGCUUACUAUAUGAACUGGAUACUAGACAAUAUCCGCAGUUGAUGUACGAUGGUUUAUACAAAACUGAAUGAAUACUCCAAAAGAUAUGGACUGACCCCAAUAAUGUGUUUUAUGGGGACAUUACAAUUUUUUUAUACCAGAAAGAAAUGGAAUAGUAUAUGUAAGGUACUUUAUUGAAUCAGAUCUGUUUGUAUACGGGUACUAUUUCUGGUAUUCAUAAGAGAGGAUUGGUUUCAAAUAUAUUGAAAGACAUUUACAGAAUUCAAAUUAGCUUUUGACUGGUUAUAGUGUAGUUAAAAGUUAGUGCCAUCCAAGAUUUGUUUUCCAAUUGUUGACGAGGAAUCAUAGAUUUGUAAAACACUUUCUUAUAAUCAAAAUGAAAUUGUGCUAAAGUCAAAGUAAAUUAUUUGUGAAUGCAUUUUUUCUUCUCUCACACAAUCUAUAGAUUUUUGGAAUUAAGAUAACUAAUAAGCUCUCAUUGAACUGUUGAAUUUUCUUUUCGACUUGCUAAUAAGUAUAAAUUGUGUUUUAAUGGUAAAUAUGACAGAUGGCAUGGAAUCUGCGAGUAAUAUAAUCUGUAAUGUAAAAAGGACAGCUCUGGUAAGCUUAGUUAUUUCUUUAAAGCAUAGUGCAGCUUGCGAGAUAGCAUUUAUCUUGGAUUUUGAUGCCGUAUUUUCCUUAUGAUACGACAAGAUUAUUAUUAUUGCUAGUCACGAAACGUGAAUUUUAUAUCUGCGGUAAACUUUUAUUUGUAUUUUUCUUCUUUAAGUUUGUCUUAAGAAAACUAGUCUAGUAUUUUUAUUGAAAAGACGUGUUUAAUACAGUAAAUUAUAUUCUAUAUCUAAU